GGCGCGGGCAGGUCUCUCUGCUGCCCGGUCCUAUUUGUUGCCGAGUCCGGCUCGGAGCGGCAGCGGCGCGCGGAGCUCCCGGGAGCCCCGAGGGGCAGCCGCACAGCCACGACGGAGCAGCCGCGGGACUGGCCGCCCCGCGCCCCCUUCGCCGCCGUGCCCUUCCCCGGCGCGCUCACCCCCUUCUCAGGAUGGGAUUGUAGCGGCGGCGCGGACUCGGCGGGGAUCGCGGCGGAGGAGGCGGCGGCGGCGGCCGAUCGGGGCUCCAUGUUUUCCCCCGGCCAGGAGGAGCACUGCGCCCCCAAUAAGGAGCCGGUGAAAUACGGGGAGCUGGUGGUACUGGGGUAUAAUGGUGCUUUACCUAAUGGAGACCGAGGCCGGAGGAAAAGCAGAUUUGCUCUCUAUAAGCGGCCAAAGGCGAAUGGAGUCAAACCCAGCACGGUCCAUGUGAUAUCCACGCCACAGGCCUCCAAGGCUAUCAGCUGCAAAGGUCAACACAGUAUAUCGUACACUCUGUCAAGGAAUCAGACUGUGGUGGUGGAGUACACACAUGAUAAAGAUACGGACAUGUUUCAGGUGGGCAGAUCAACAGAAAGCCCUAUCGACUUCGUUGUUACAGACACAAUUUCUGGCAGUCAGAACAAUGAUGAGGCCCAGAUUACACAGAGCACCAUAUCCAGGUUUGCCUGCAGGAUUGUCUGCGACAGGAACGAACCUUACACCGCACGGAUAUUCGCAGCCGGAUUUGACUCUUCCAAAAACAUAUUUCUUGGAGAGAAGGCAGCAAAGUGGAAAAACCCCGAUGGCCACAUGGACGGGCUCACUACGAAUGGCGUCCUGGUGAUGCACCCCCGAGGGGGCUUCACUGAGGAGUCCCAGCCUGGGGUCUGGCGUGAGAUCUCUGUCUGUGGAGACGUGUACACCCUGCGAGAAACCAGGUCAGCCCAGCAAAGAGGAAAGCUGGUGGAAAGCGAGACCAACGUCCUGCAGGACGGCUCCCUCAUCGACCUCUGCGGGGCCACGCUUCUCUGGAGGACGGCAGACGGCCUGUUCCACACUCCGACGCAGAAGCACAUCGAAGCCCUGCGGCAGGAGAUCAACGCCGCGCGGCCGCAGUGUCCCGUGGGGCUCAACACCUUGGCCUUCCCCAGCAUCAACAGGAAGGAGGUGGUGGAGGAGAAGCAGCCUUGGGCCUACCUCAGCUGCGGCCACGUGCACGGCUACCACAACUGGGGCCACCGGAGCGACACGGAGGCCAACGAGCGAGAGUGUCCCAUGUGCAGGACUGUGGGCCCCUAUGUCCCGCUCUGGCUCGGCUGCGAGGCGGGCUUCUAUGUCGACGCCGGACCCCCCACUCACGCUUUCACCCCCUGUGGACACGUGUGCUCAGAGAAGUCCGCGAAAUACUGGUCGCAGAUCCCGUUGCCUCACGGAACUCACGCGUUCCAUGCCGCCUGCCCUUUCUGUGCCACGCAGCUGGUUGGGGAACAGAACUGCAUCAAAUUAAUUUUCCAAGGUCCCGUGGACUGACGCCCUUGACAGCCAUCUACGACUUUAUUAACAAGUUACUGUGAAGAUUUUGCCACUAACUCUAGAUUUUACCUUUUUAUAAUGCUGUUUAU